GGCGCUUCCUCUCUACACAUCUCAGCUGGUGCUCAUUUCAUUUCCUCUUUUACAGUCAAAAUGACUCCGGGCAUCAUCACCUUGACUUUCUUUAUACUCUGGGCUGCAGGUGUUUCUGAGUCCGUUCUGAUCACUCAGUGGCCUCGCUACAUCUCCAGCCUUCCUGGCAGCCCUGCAGAAAUUCAGUGCUACCAGAAUGACACGGAUCAUUCAUAUACGUACUGGUACAGAAAGCCCAGAGGAAAAGGUUUAGAGCUGAUGGUGGUUGUAGUAGCUAACCUUCCACAAUUCGAAGACGGAUUCAAAUCUGGUUUUAAGACAGCAGCCGCAGGGAAGCUUUUAAACCUGACAAUAUCCAGCAUUGAGGAGAAAGACGAGGCUGUUUAUUUUUGCGCUACCAGUCUACACGGUGCUGUGGCAAACCUCAGGACUAUUGUCACUGAAGCAGCAGCAGCACAAACCUGGAGGAUGUCGCCGGCUGUGAUCGGAUUCAUCCUCAUCUUGCUUCCAUAUCAAACCGAGAGCGUGAUAUUUAAGGAAACUAAACCAAUAAUAGUCAACAACAACAACAAAAAAGUGGAGUUUACAUGCAGCCACGAUGAUGGUGCUCUCAGUGUGAUGCUCUGGUACCAGCAAACACAGAGCGGAAAGAUGAAUUUAAUUGGAUUGACCUACUAUCCGAGCAAGCCCAACUACGAGAAAGAGUUUGAAAAUCGGUUUGAAAUCACCAGAGAAAACGUCCAAAACGGAGGUCUGGUUAUCAAGAGCGUGGAAGCGUCAGACUCAGCUGUGUAUUUCUGCGCUGGCAGUAACCAACUGACAGCGGCUCCAACUGACAGCGGCUCCAACGGAAGCAUGAAACGGGUAAAAACUGCCUUCCUGUACCGAAAAAACUCAACUGUUGACGGUCUCAGCAUCGUAGUUCUUCAGUCUGCAGAUCUGAUGAGCCUCCUAAGACACCCUCUGCUGCUGGAGUGCAGCCUGGGUGAAGGGUUCGACAUGAGCAGCCACACCCUGUACUGGUACCGACAGAAACACCACGGAGCUCAGAUAGAGUUCCUGACCAAAGAGUAUGACGACAGUUCGGGACGCUUCAAGUCGUCGAUCGAUACAGCCAAAAACAGCUUCACUCUUCAAGUUCCUGAGCUGUCUGCGGAUGACAGCAGCAUCUACUACUGUGCUGCCAGUCACAAUUUCUGCUUCUGUCUAAAAAUCCAGCAGCUUCCGGUAGUUUUCAGCCGUGACGGCGAUCCGACUGUAACUCUGGAGUGUGAACAAGAUGACAGUCAGUACUACUACAUGUUCUGGUACAGGCAAAAAAAUGGAGGGAAAAUAGAGCUCAUAGCGUUUUCUUUUGCCAAAGACAACUGGAGCAUUGAAGAUCAGUUGAAGAAAUCCAAGUUAACCAUGUUGCGGCCUUCUUUGCUCAGUUCCACGCUGCAGAUUCACCAGGCUGAGGCUGUAGACUCGGCUGUUUAUUAUUGCGCUUCCAUUAAAGUCUCUGUGCAGAACACUGAAGCUUACUUUGGAGCUGGAACUAAACUCACAGUUUUAGAAAAUGACCUGGAAGUCACCCCACCGACAAACGUAAAAAUACUUCCACCUUCGCCCAACGAGUGUAGAAACCAAAAGGACAAGAAAAGGAAGAAGACUCUGGUCUGUGUGGCUUCCGGUUUCUACCCCGACCAUGUUGAAGUCUUGUGGAAAACCAACGGGAAAGAGGCUAAGGAUGGCGUGGCGACGGACAGCGCUGCCAAGCGGGUCGACAAGUUCUACAGAAUCACCAGCAGACUGAGAGUCCCUGCUGAAGACUACAACACAGCCAGCAACACUUUCACCUGCAUUGUCAGUUUCUUUGAUGGAGAGAAAAAGAUCCUUCGGGAGGCUUCUAUUAACGGCACUCAAGAUAAAACAGAAGGAGGCAUGACACGAGAGAAAUACUUGAGGCUCACACAAAGUGCCAAACUCUCCUAUGUUGUUGUGAUCGUCAAGAGCUGCUUCUAUGGAGUCUUCGUUGGGGUUUUGGUGUGGAAGCUUCAGGGUUCAGCCGGGAAACACCACUGAGAGCUGAGAUGAGAGCUGAGAUCGAUCGUCUUUGUGUAAAUAAAAUGAUGCAGCGCAUUUUUGUAUUCAUAUAUAAAUGAGCCAAUUAAAUCCUGCUAACAAUAUAUAGACAAUCUUAUGCAAAUUCAAUGGUAAAGCUACUGUGGGACUGAUUUUUUUGUGUGUGUUUUGUGAAACUAUUUCCACUGAAUGCUUCAUUUUCCUCUCAAUAAACCUAAGUAAAAAGAC